UCACGCUCUGUGCGUGGCCCCACCCUUCCUAUUGAAUGUCAGUGUUUUGUAAACGAUCGAACCACAAAGCGAAAGUUAAAAGGAUUUGAUAAAGACUUCUGUCAACAACAUUCGCAAAUAUUUUAUCAUCUGAUAACAUUCUAGCAGCAUUUAGAUAGAUAUGACACCUAAGCGUGGCCUCAUCACCGACACCUUUAAGGUUGUAAAGAAGGCAAGGAGAGGGGGCAAGAGAAACAAGUCUCCUUCCCCGCCAAAAACAGAGCCUGAACCCCCACAACUGGGUGAAAGAGAAAAAGAUCUAGAAGAACUGAAGAAGUUUGAUCUGGACUGUAGGUUUGGACCAUGCACAGGGAUCAGUCGACUGCAGAGAUGGGAGAGGGCAGCGCUGCAUGGGCUGAAUCCCCCGCAGGAGAUUAAAGACAUUGUUCUGAAAGAGAACACUGACCCAGAGUACACACAGAGUCUCUGGCGUGACUAUCCCCUCUGAAAAACUGAUAGAGAAAAGACAGAAGAGGGGGAGAAAAGAAGAAAAUACUUUUACAGUGUUUGAUAUGUUCUACUAUGUUUGCUUUGCUGUUUAUCACACUACAUUUUAUUAAACAUUUUUCUAUGCAAAAGCUA